AUUGGACAUUCCUGCGAGAGGAUUUUUUAGCAAUUGAUUCUCUCAUAAAUUGCAGUAAAUCAGUGCCAGUUAUUGCGCUUUUUUAAAGCCACGUCGUCGGGAGAUUUAUUAAAUUAUUUAGAAAUUAUAAUAAUAUAGUAUUUUCGAAGCAAGAUCCACAUCUGGUAAAUUUGUGAUUGUACAAGAUUUGGAUUACUUUAAAUCAUUAACGAUGUCAACCACAAAGCAUUUUAAGAAAAAAUAUGCAAGUUCGAGCAACGAAGAAGAAAUGGGUGAUGUCAAUUUCAAAAGAAACUGUAAGACACAUUUGCAAAGUAAUCGGGAAGAAAAUAUGAUAUUUUCGAAUAAUACAGUAGAACAGACACACCGACGUGGUCGAGGGCCUUCCAAAAGACCUUGUCUUAACCGUAAUGCUUUAAUGGCUAGAGAAAACAGACUUCGCAAAAAAGCAUAUUUGGAAAAAAUUGAAAACACAUUAUCGUAUUAUGAAAAAGAGAAUAAGAAACUUGUUUAUACAAUACAGAAACAAGGAAAAGAUAUAAAACGUCUGACAGGUGAAAUUGCAUAUUUGAAAAGUGUUCUGCAUAAUAAUACUGCUAUUACUGCUCUAUUAAAAACAAUAAAUGAUGGUUUGAAAAAGUUAAAUACUUAUAACAAAAAAUCUGUUAUCGUUAAUAAUGAGAUGCAAGAAAGUCAGAAAAUACAGGAUACAGAAACUAAACAACAAAAAUGUUCAUGUCUUCCGAAUGUUAAAAAUAAUGUAUCAGAUUCUUUAAAUUAUAAUAUUUUUGAUUCAAUAAUCAAUAGACAUAAUCACAUUGAACAAAAUAGUUUGCAGCAGGAACUUAACGCUAUACAAGAGAAAAAUACUGAAUGUUAUGAAAGUAUGGAAAACAAUAUUAAUAGUAAAAAUACAUUACCUCUAAUUCUUUCAAAUACUGAUCAUACUUAUACUGUUCCUAAAAAAGUUGAUGUUAGUCAUGAUGUGGAUGAUAAGGACUUAGAAAAUAAUAUAGAUAUAAGUCCUUUAAGUACACCAUAUUUCAUGAUAAAUACACCAAGCAGUAUAGAUAGCAGAUACAUGCAAGAAACGGAUAGUAUAACUCCUGGAACAACAAACAGUAUAUGCAAUUCAGAAGAAACCAAAGAUUCUAAUAUCGAUGAUAUGGAUUUUGAUGAAUUGACGCCAUUUAAUGUAAAUUUAUUUGAAGAUAUCCCAAAAUAUGAUGAAAUUAUGAGUUCGAUUGAUCUUGAAGUACCAAAUUCUUGUACAGAAGAAGACCUGUUUCAAAAUUUAAACAAUACUGGAAUCUGUUUACAUGUUAAUUCUAAUAAAAUAUCCUUAGAAUAUUGUGCGAAAUGUCAUAUUAAUAGUACAAAUAGUGAUAUAGAAUGAAGGGGAAACUGAUCGUGGGUCUUGAACUAUCAAUGAAAAUUAUUCUAGAAAUUUGAUAGAAAGCAGCAGAGUUGUACAGGAUUUUUGAAAGAACGAAAAUUUUUAAACUCAAUGGAUAUCAUUGGAAAUCAAAGGCUGUUUAUUACCAAACUUGUGAAAAUCCAACUCUGCCAUAAACUAAAAGUUAUGUUAUUUUUGUACAUCUUGUUUUUACAUAUUACUCUAUAUUUCUUCCUUAAAAAGGCAGGCUUUAUUAUACGUUUUAUAUUUCAUAACUAUUAUUUUUUAUAAUUAUGACUAUACAUAUAUAUAUAUAAAUAUAUAUAUAUAUAUUUCUAUUUUUAUUUCAAUAAUAAUAAGUAUAAUAUGAAUUUGUAAUAUAAUAGAAAUAUGAACUUUAAGCAUUAAAUAUCAAUGUGUAUAUCCAAAUUGACACAAGAUAUUAAGAUCAAAGAUUAUAUGUCAUAAGAAUUAUAUUAUUGCUUCCCUCUGAGACUGUAGUAAGAUUUUAUUUUUACAGGAAAACACCGCCCCAUUCAAGUAAUUUAUGGGAGAUUUGAAAAAGAUGAGCGUCAAAAUAAAAUUUUAUAUUACACAUUUGGAGUAGACAUGGAGCCACGAUCACCCCUUCUUUUCCAGAUUCAAUAAGUAUUAAAAAGGUUGAGUAUGGUGUUUUUGUUUUUAUACGUGACAAAACAUUUUUUGUAACAAUUAGAAAAUAAAUAAUUAUUUUUUUUAAUUAAUGCAUUUGUAAUAUACAGGUAUGGCAGAACAAUCUCCCAGAUUUUGAUUCAGCAUUAUUCGAAUUCUAAUAGAGUUUAGAAGAUUAUAAUAAGAGUUUUUUUCCAUGAUAACAUAUGAUUUACUGUUGUGUACUAUCAUGAGUUGAAUAGAUUUGCACUGUAUAUUUGUUGUUAAAAGAAUUUAUAAAGAAUAAUUGUAUAACUUUCGAAAUUGACUACAAUAAUGUGUCGUGGAUGAAUUUAGAUAACAUAAUUAUAAAAUCAUAUGAGUAAAUAUAAAAUCAAAUGAAAUUGGAAGUUCACGCUGUAAAAUAAUCUUCAAAAUUUGGGAGAUCAUUCUGCCAUACUCUAUAAAAUUUAAUAUUAAAAUACAAAAACUACAAAUUACAAGGUUUCAUCAAAGAAUACUUUAAAUUUCAGUUAUGUUCUUAGAGUAUAUUUUAGUCGUUAACAAAACUUUCCAUCGUGCAUCAUGAUGACUGUUAAUUUUUUUAAUAGCAAGCAUUCUGCAGUAAAGACCUGCCUACUAGUAUUAUUGUAUUAAAAAAUUUCUAAUCGAACAUGUAAAAGAUUAUAUGCUGUUAUAGAAAAUAUACAAAAAUGAAUGUAUA